AAAAAACUUUCAAUUUCGCACACUGUAGAAAAAUGUAACUUGAGGCAACUAUAGUUGCAAAAAUGAUCUUAUCGGUUAGAAUUACAGUAAGUAUAAUGACUAACACUUAAAGCAAUGUUUGUUAUGCAUAUCAGGAAGCGAGAUAAAAAGUGACUGAUCCCAUUCAUAUGUUGCAAAUAUUAUAACCUACUAUUUCUUCUUACCAAUCAAUCUACUAUCAACCAUGUCAGAUAUUGCUGAAGACGAUAUUGAUCAACUCGUUUACAGACAAGCUGCAACCGACAAAGAUGUUAAUGUACACCAAUUGAAAACUGAUUGUCUUGAAAUGGCAAUGGAAGCACGACCAUUUGGAAUCACAAUUGAAGAAAGAGCAAUUGUUAAUGGGUUAAAAUAUGAUGGACCUACUGAUGAACUUGAAGAAUUUCAAGCUGCUCCUACUAGAUUUCCAAAAUUUAACAGAUUUGCAAACUUAACCAGAAGAUUCUCAACGAAUAGUCUCGAUACUUUAAUUGAAGGUAAUGAAUUAGAUACCAACUAUUUUGAAGAUUCUUGUCUGAGAUCUGAUAAUGAUGAACCCCAUUCUUAUGUUCCUGCUUUCUAUCUGAAAUCUGAAAAUGUACAACCUGUCCAUCAACGUUUAAUUGAAACACUUUUGGAAAGAGAAAAACAAGGUAUCAAGCUGUACAAUCAAUUCAUUAAGGUUUUACAAUCAGGUGAACUUGACACAGAUGAAACUAUCUUAGAUGUGCUUGCCUCUCCUAAUAAGAAAUAUGCCCAUUGGCUUAAAUUUUAUAGAGAGCAAAAGCAAAGACAAAGAACACAUACAAAGGUUUCAGAUUGGCUUAGGGCCAUUAAAGAUCGCAAAAUUCAAGACCAAGAAAGUCAACACCAUGAACUGACUUUAAAUUAUUAUAAGGAUCUUGGAAAAAUCACUCGUAAUAUAAGAAAGCUUGAAACAGGAAACUUGAAAAUUGAAAAAUCUGGCAAGUAUAAUUCUAAAUCACAUCGUAAAAAUUGCAUAUUCCAGCAAUCUGGACCUUAUAUUCCCACGAUCGAUGAUAUCGAUAAUCACUUGGGAAGAUUGAACUUAAAGUCGUAUGAAGUUCUUAAGAAGUAAGAUAUGAAGCUCUGUUAAUAUUACAUUGA